GUACGGUUUAACGAUUGAUGAUUGGCUCUUUUAACUGAAAGGCGGGACUUCCUUAUUUUCAGCGCCGUACCCGUACUGUACAAUUCAUAAUAAUAGUGAGACAUCUUGGUAAUAUCUAUAGUCUUUGCAAGAGAAAGCGAUUUUCUGGGUCCAACUAACAAAGUUUAGCAACCUUUGACCAAGAAAAGACACCACUCGAUUGUCACACGAAAUCUGAAAGCCAAACAACUUUUAGACUUUACCAGACCUAUUGAAAAUCACAUGUUGAUAAUUCCUCCUGUUAUAUUUUCUACUGACAAUGAAAGCUGUCAUUUUAGCUGCAGGUUAUGGAACCAGACUGCAAAGGGAUAUCGAGAAUGACACGACUGGGAAUUUCAAGCAACUGGAAGGAAUUGCCAAGCCACUGCUUCCUGUUGGUCCAUGCGCUCUUAUCUCACACUGGGUUCAGGCUUUGACAAAAACAGCAUGUGUGGACACAGUAUAUGUAGUUACAAAUGAUCUUUACCAUGAUGCAUUUCAACUGUGGGCCAAAGAAUUCCCCAAUGUUCAAGUUGUAACUGAUGGCACAACAAAAAAUGAGGACAGACUUGGGGCUGUUGCCUGUCUGCAGUUAGUGGUCAAGCUCUGUGCUGUGGACGAUCACUUGCUGGUUAUCGGAGGAGAUACUUUAUUUAAAGAGGAUUUCAGCAUUCAAAAAUUCACAGAGAGGUUCUUUGAAGUGCAACAUAAAGACAAAGAAAGCAAUUUAGUGCUGUCAUACCAAUGCAAAAAUGUGGAAACAUCCAAGUAUGGGAUUUUGGAACUGGAUGAAGACCUUAAAGUGCAAUGCAUGAAGGAAAAGCCUCUACCAAGUGAAACAAGUGCACGCAAUGCAUGCCCUUGUUUCUACCUGUUUUCAAAGACCUCACUUCCACUUCUAGACACCUUUCUCAAUGAGAAGAAGAACGCACCUAUUGAAGAACGGGAUGCACCGGGGAACUUCCUGUCAUGGCUUAUUUUAAGGAGGCCAGUGUAUGUUCAAAGGAUAUCUGGUCGAUUUGACGUGGGGAAUCUUGCAUCAUACAUUGAAUGUGACAAAUACUUUAAGGACCAACUUCAAAAUCCAACUGUUUAUUUAUUGUAGUCCAGACAAUUACAAU